GCUCCUCAUCACCACAUCACGUGCACACCCGCCAUCCCCUGAGCUCUUGGCGCGUCACUACCACCCGCGUCCACGGCUGUGGAAUUUCCUCAGCCUCGCCUUCACGCGUGUACAGUAGCGACGAGGCCAGACCAGAUAGACCAGGCUUAAAUCAACAACGAGCGAAAGCACCAACGAUACCGAUUACAAUACAGGGCAGGCAGACAGGCAGGCAGGCACAGCGGAGUGCGAUUGUAUUUAUAAUAGCGGAGUUGGAAAAGAUGUCGACCUUUGCGCUACCGCGCGAGGCGCUGGGGAGGUUAGCGAAGGAGAUGCCGGAGAGGUCGAAGCAAGUCGCUGCGCUGGGGGCGCUGGUUGGUCCACUCUGUGCGUCCCCUCGGAAUAUAGUCGUCUACGGCCUCGCUGCGACAGGGAAGAGUGCCGUUAUCUCAGGUGUACUGGAUGCAUUGUCGACGGGUGAUGCGGCGGGGGAGGAGGGCGCGCUGAGGUACGCGAUCGUGAGGAGUAAGGAGUGUAUCACUGGACGACAUUUACUGGAGCGGACGGUGUGUGCUGUUGCUGCGGCGGUGGAUUGGGAGGAAGGCGCGGGGCGAUGCGAGAACCUCGCGCAGUUGGCUGUGUUGCUUGGGAAGAUGCUAGAGGGUCGUGAGGGGCGGUUCGUGCUGGUGUUUGAUGGGGUGGAUAAGCAGAGGGAUGCGCCGCCGACGUUGGUGCCUGCGCUGGCGAGGUUGGGGGAGGUUAUUCCGAAUCUGACGACGGUUUUUGUGGUUACGUCGCCGAGACCGCAUUUUUUGCAUAAUCCGGGGGCGCCGCAUGUGCAUUUCCCGAGCUAUACGAAGGCGGAGGCUGUGGCUAUCGUUUCGCGGUCUGUGCCGUCGAUAUAUCCUUCCUCGCCUUUAGAAGCGACGUCCGCAUCCGACGGUGACGAUAAUGUGGCCAUCGAGGGCGGAGAGGACAACGCAAUUCCUCGUCCUACGGCCAAAGAGACAGCAGAUCUCUACUCCCGCUUCCUUUCUGCAGUCUGGGAUACCUUCGCCAAGUACGCUGGACGCGACAUCCUCUCCUUCCGUCGCAUUGCGCUCACCCUCUGGCCGCGCUUCACCGCUCCAAUACGAGCUGGUGUCUACGGCCCGCGAGAGUUCCAGCGCCUUCUCACAUCCCAACGCCCCCUCUUCCGCGACGAAUCCGUCCUCAUCCCCUCCAUUGUCAACACAUCCCUCGCCCUCCCACCAUCUACCACCCCCUCACAACCCCAACUCCCCACUCCCACAAUAAGCAAACCAACCGCCGCAUCCCUCGCACCCAAACACGCCCUCACCACACCCCCCCUCCCAUAUACCUCCCGCAUCCUCCUAAUAGCCGCCUACCUCGCCUCCUACACCCCCGCGCGCCUCGACACCCUCCUCUUCGCCAAGUCCUCCGGCCCCACCAAGAAGCGGCGCAAGAACCUCGGCGGUAACGCCACAAAACCGCGUCCCGGGACCGCGGCGCGGCGGAAGCUAAACCGCAAGCUGCUCGGGCCGCAGGCGUUCGUUAUGGAACGGUGUCUUGCGAUUUUCUGGGCGCUGAGGGAGGAGGCGAAUGGGGCGGGGAGGGCGGAGGCGGGGGGUGCGGAUGUUUUGGCUGCUGUUGCGGGACUGGCGAGUUUGAGGUUGCUGGGGAAGACGAGUAGGGUUGCGGAUCCGUUGGAGGGGGGGUGUAAGUGGAAGGUUAAUGUUGGGUGGGAGGUUGUGAGGGGGGUGGGGAGGAGUGUGGGGAUUGAGGUUGAGGAGUGGAUUAUUGAGUAGAUGGGGAAGGGUAGGGAUUGAGGACUUAUGGAAGUGCUUCGUUAUGCCUCGGCUUGGUGCAUUAGUUGUGCUGAUUCUGCUGCCGCUGCAUUGCGGGUGGUAGCGAUCCGGACUUUGAGGCCAUUGUGCCACUUGAAGUCUAAUGAAGAGCUAAUGAAGAGACUGUGUAUGACAGCUACUGGGAGGACUGGAACAAUCUACGAACAUUAUUGCUGUAUAAGUUAUUUAUAGGAACAGCAAAUAAAACGCAGACUCUUAAUAACCUGAAACUAUUACAGUUUUUCAACGAGAUAGACACCAACAAAAUGAAGCAAAGAGAGAGAUUCCAUUAGCCUCAAAUAUAG